AUGACUUCUGUGUUGUGCGGUGCGGUGUGGGAAAUCUCUUCAAGCUGUGGGCCGCUGAGCCAUGGCAAGUUGGGUGCUCCACUCGGUGGUGGUGGUGUUGUGGGGGUGACAGGUGGUGGUGAGGUUGGCGGAGGCGGUGAUGGUGGGCGCGAUGGAGAUUUGCGUGGUGGAGAGGACGCGGCUGCGUUGGCUGCUGCUGCUGUCGUUUUGGGUGUCGGCGUUGUAAUCAAGUUCUUCGACGGCCUGAAGGGCGAAAGCCUGCGGUGCGAAGAUCACCCUAACGACGAAGAACAUAGUCUCCUCUUCACGAGCGUCCGUUCUAGAGGUUGGCGUGGGCCGACGCCGACUGUCAAGAGAACGCUGUGGCGUAGCAGAUCACAUCGGCGCAGAUUCUGGCUCUCCCAGGUGAGAAAGCCAAAUGUGCAAGCCUUCUUGUCCACUAUGGGCGAUGCGAGGUGUCGCCCUGGCGUUCAACUUAGAAUUCCAGAUUGGCUCAAGUCAGGCAUGUCGUGUAGCUGUGACAAUGGAAAAGCAAGCAAGGAAUUACCCGAUGCAGUGAUUCCACGUAAUCACACUGCAUGGCAGAGGGUGAAGGAAUCCGGCCGAUUUGGCGAACCGAGGACCGACCUGUUGCCACUGCGAUUGGUGCAUAAGUGA